AUGCCGUCGUCCAACCAGGGCUGGCCCGAGGAGUUCGGCUUCCAGCUGGGCGGUAACGGACCAAGCUACAUCCUGUCUGUGGAGGAGGGCAGCAGUGCCCACCUGGCCGGGCUGCAGGCGGGGGACCAGGUCCUCGAGAUCGAGGGCCACAAUGUGUCAACGCUGGGUCCCCAAGCUGUUGUCGCCAUCGCACAGACGCAGAAGAACAUCCCUCCCAGUAUUGGAGUGGUGUCCCGCAUACAGCAGAUGGACAUCAUACCAGGUCCAGACGGUCGUUUUGGGUUCACCAUUGUCGGAGACUGCCCCCUGCUGGUGGAGGACUGCUCGCCUUGUUCUCCAGCCGGCCGCGCAGGACUGAGGGCCGGGGAUUACGUCAUGGAGGUCAACGGCAUCCCCGUCAGGCAGCACGAGACAGCUGCGGCUCUGAUCAAGGCGUCCCAGGGCAGGACACUCCGCCUAGGGGUGCUGUGUCUUGGCCCGCGGCAGAAACGCAGCGUCAGCAUAGAGGACAGUCAGCUGGGAGGGGAGGGGGCAAGACUGGACCGUAAACACAAAGCUCUGGAGUUCAACAGGAGGGUUGACCAAGUCUUAGGUGACGAACCUGAAGUGAAAGAAAAACUCUUCACUGUACUCAAGCAGUAUGCAGCUGAGAAGAGAGUCGAGUGGUUGGCCUCAGUCCUGCCUGACAUUCUCACCACUGAAGAGCAUCGACAACUCAUCUCCAGUAUCAGAAUCUUCAUUCCCAAGAAGCACCGGCAGCGCUUCGACGAGUCCGUCAACCAGAAUGUGAUCAACCGGCUCUGCCGCAGCAAGAGCAUCAGUGAGCCGCAGGGCAGGAUCCGCCGCAGUCGGAGCGAGGAUCACUCCGACCGACACCACGGGUCCAAACGGGCCAGCUCAGUACCCAGGGAUGGAGAACCCGGAGGGAGAGGUGAGGGGGAGAGAGACAGGGGCGUAAGAAAGUCCGUCUCUGGGUUGCCUGCACAUCCUCCCCUCGGACCCAACCAGAGGAUCGUUCGUGUGUACCGGGGGAAGAAAAACUUCGGCUUCACGUUGCGAGGUCACGCCCCCGUCUGCAUCGACUCUGUUAUCCCAGAUAGUCCUGCUGAGGAAUGUGGACUGAAAACAGGAGAUCGUAUCCUCUUCCUCAAUGGCCUGGACAUGAGGAACUGUUCCCAUGAGAAGGUGGUGUCCAUGCUGCAGGGCAGUGGGGCGAUGCCCACUCUGGUGGUAGAGGAGGGUCCAUCCGAGUACUCCUCAGACCAAACAGAUCCAGAAGAAUCUCCGAGCCUGGCCCCCACCACGUUACCGCGCUCCAGGUCUCCAGCCCUCAGCUCUCUGCAGUGGGUGGCAGAGAUUCUCCCGCCCAGUAUCAAAGUCCAUGGACGGACCUUCAGCCAGCAGCUGGAGCACCUGCUGACCAUCCAGGAGAGGUACACCGUCUGCAAGUCCCUGGAGACCUUCUUCCAACACAGGAAUGUGGACACUCUGAUAGUGGACGUUUUUCCGGUGUUGGACACUCCGGCCAAACAGCUGAUCUGGCAGUUCAUCUACCAGCUACUGACGUAUGACGAGCAGGAGCGCUGCCAGGGCAAGCUGUCUCGCUUCCUGGGUUUCAAAAGCAGCGCGGUGCUAGAGCCUGAUGUCGGCCCGGAACACCACCGGCGAAGCAGCUCGAUGCGCGUGACGGGGACGUCGUACCGCAGCAGCCUCAGAGAGAGGAGCUCUGAUGACUGCAUCAUCGGGACUCACCUGGGGAUGGGAAUUCAUGUGGAUGAAUCUGGGAGCCCGGAGGAGAGGCAGUCUGGAGAUGGAACCUCCUUCCCCGAGUCCCCUGACCUCAAUCAUAUGACAGGGGUGUACACGGAGCUGGAGAAUGUGUACGCGGGGAAGAGUGUGCCGCCGCUGCAGGGUGGCUCCUCAGUGGAGCCUGAGGGCCAGGGACAGACUGAGGCCUACGGGCGCCCUCUCUCCCCCCUCACACUCCCCCCUCUCACAGGGAGCCGUAAAUCCGGCCUGUCUCUGUCCUGGAAGGAGCCCCUCCCCACACCUGUGUAUGAGAUCCACCACCAGAGCAGCGUCGAAUCUAACCCUUACGUCAGCCUGGAGAGCCCUCCUGCCUCCCCUCAGCCCUCGGACAGCGGUCCCAACACGCUGACCCGCCGCAAGAAGCUGUUCACCUUCUCCCGCCCACCUCGCAGCCGGGACACAGACAAGUUCCUGGAUGCUCUGAGCGAGCAGCUGGGCCACCGGGUCACUCUGGUGGACGACUUUGUACCUGGGGAGAACGACUAUGAGGAGAUAUAUCAAGGUGGUUGUCAUGGUUUCAGAAGAAGAGGGGUGCCUAUGAGUUUCCAGGAGGACCAGGAUGUGGGUUUCAUGCCUCGGCAGCUCAGCAGUGGCAGCAGCGAGGACCACAGUAGCAGUGAUGAGGCCUCCACUCCCUCCUACUCCUCAGGAUCUGAACCCAUACCGCCACCUCCCACCCAGAGCCCGCCGCCUCCCCCGCCUUUCCAGGCCCUGAUACCACCCCCUGUUCAGUUCACAGACCCCCUGCCGCCUGUCCGCUUCUCCCCCGAGCAUGUUCCCCGCAGCCGGAUGCCCUUCCAGCCUCACCACCCUAUCAUCCCUCCACCUCCGCCCCCUCCAAGGACCCUUCUGUCAAGCCGCUCUCCUCUACACAAAGUGCUCCCCGACAUGGAGAAAACUCACCAGCGCUUCCAGACCACCAAUUCCACCUCUCGCCUCUCACAUGCCCACUCCACCACCCUGCGGUCCUCCCAGCCGUCCCGCGCCCAUUACCUCCCCCGGCAGCUCAGCCAGCCCCACCCAGUCCUCCAGCCCCUCAUCCAGCCGUCCCCCCAGCCCUCCCCUCAGCCGCUGAGACCGAGCCAACUCGUCCUACAGAGGCACCACCAGCUACACCACCAACACAGCUAUCAGGGCCCUCUGCCACCGUCCCUCCAGGAUCACAGCUCAUCCCAGAGUCAGACCCAAGGCCCCGCGGCCUCAUCGCUGCUUUCAAAGCCUCCAGCCUCUCACUCCACCCUCCCCAGUCACACCAAGACCUAUGAGACCCCCCAACGGCAGGAGCACCAAACACAACAGGCCCCGCCACCUCCGCCUCCACCCCUGCCACCACCGUGUGAACCCCCUCCGCUGCCCAAGUCAGGCCACCACGCCUCGGACACCAACCACAUGAGUGUGAAGAGGCUGCGCUGGGAGCAGGUGGAAAACUCUGAGGGGACCAUCUGGGGUCAGCUUGGAGAGGACUCAGAGUACGACAAGCUCACUGACAUGGUGAAGUACUUGGACCUUGAUCUGCACUUCGGGACUCAACGCAGAUCCAUCUCUCCUCCAGAGCCUCCAUCCUUCCUGCCAGAGAACUUUAAAAAGAAAGACGUGGUGGAGAUUCUGUCUCAUAAGAAAGCCUACAACGCCUCCAUCCUCAUUGCCCAUCUGAAGCUCUCCACCAGCGAGCUGCGUCAGGUCCUAAUGAACAUGACUACCGACAGGCUAGAGCCGGCUCACAUCAAGCAGCUGCUGCUGUAUGCGCCGGAUGACGAAGAGGUCAAACAGUACGAACAGUUCGAACAGGAUCCAGCCAAGCUGAGUGAGCCCGACCAGUUCAUCUUCCAGAUGCUGAUGGUGCCAGAGUAUAAAACCCGUCUGCGGAGCCUCCACUUCAAAACGACCCUGCAGGAGAGGACGGAGGAGAUGAAGGUUGCAUACGAUUACAUCUACAAGGCUUCAGUGGAGCUGAAAAGCAGCAAGAAACUUGCCAAAAUCCUCGAGUUUGUCCUUGCGAUGGGAAAUUACCUGAACAAUGGGCAGCCCAAGAGCCACAGGACAACCAGCUUUAAGAUCAACUUCCUAACUGAGCUGAGUACAACCAAAACAGUAGACGGGAAAUCUACCUUCCUACACAUUCUGGCCAAGUCUCUGUGCCAACACUUCCCUGAGCUGCUCAACUUCUCCAGAGACCUGACCACAGUGCCUCUGGCAGCCAAGGUGAACCAGAGGGCCAUCACAGCAGAGCUGAGUGACCUUCAUAACACCAUCCUGGACAUCAGGAAGGCCUGUCUGAAGAUCCCGCCCACCUCUGAGGACCACUUUGCCUCUGUCAUGAGCAGCUUUUUGGAGAACAGCCACCCUGCGAUCCAGUCUCUGGAGUCCUUGCAGACACGGGCCAUGGAGGAGUUCUCAAAGGUGGCCUCCUUCUUUGGGGAGGACAGCAAGUCCACCAGCACCGAGUCCUUCUUCGGUAUCUUUGCAGAGUUCAUGUGCAAGUUUGAGAGAGCUCUCAGUGAGACCCAGUCUCCAGAAAACCCCAGAAGCCCCCGGCUGUCUUCCCCUCUGGCCUGGUAGGAGCGCCAAACACGGGCGGAUGUCGGGCCACACCGACGGGCCGGUUGGCACCAUUUUCACUCUGCUCUCUACAACCAAAGUGCCAAGAUCAAACACAGACACUCGAACCAACAGGUACUGAGACCAUGUCAUCUAUAGCAAGCAGGAUCUAACAGCAGCUGUUGAGCGUCCCGUGUGCUGCGUUACUGUUUCUUCAGGUGCUGGGUGGAGCAGCAGGUGAACUCACUGCACACUGAUGACAUUAUUUACAUCUCUUUUUAAUUCACAUGACAGAGGAGGUAGAUUAAAAGAUACAGACAGAUAGAGGAACUGUCCGUGUACAUCUGUUUGCCCCGGUGCAUCUCGAUGCUGCAUUAAAAUGAGAUGUAAGUGAUCAAAUAUUAACAGAUUACUUGCUAUGUUUAAUACAUGACUAUAUAAAGUUUAUAUUUUCUAUCAGAUCAUAUUUGAAAUUGUAAAGAUUAAGCGCAGAUGUAGACUGACAACAGUUUUCAAGGUAAGCGUGGUUUAGUGAGCAUGUACAGAGCCAGGAUCAGUUCAUACAACUUGCAGCCUCCCAUACAGCAGCAUUUCAUUCAGAAAAACUUGAUGUGAGAGGUUUUUUUCAUCCACCUAAUGUGAAUUAAGAGGGCAUCUAUUAUUGGAAAAUGAUAAAACGAUCAUUUUCCUCUCCUUUUAAAGGGAGCUAAAGUCAAAGUCAUCCACAUGGAGCGCUGGUUCACUUUUGUCACUUGCAGUACACCAUUUAUCACAUUCCUAAAUUUUCUUUAAGGAUCAGUCAGUCAUACUGUGGAAGCAAAACAAUGCUUAAGAGAUUUGGGUUUUUUUACAUUGUUAUGCCUAAUUAUGAAUUUAUUUAAUUUUGAUUCUUACUAUUGAAAUUAACGUUAAACUUAU